AUGGAUUUUACUAAUGUUACGUAUUUAACGCUUGAUGGACAUGUGGAUUUACAGAAUUACAGAUAUGUUUAUUUUUUAAUUACUCUCACAGUGUACAUAUCAAUCAUUGUAUUUAAUACUGUUGUAAUUUUUGUCAUAUUCAUGAACAAACAUCUCCAUGAGCCCAUGUACAUAUUUAUUGCUGCUUUGCUUUGUAAUGCUCUCUUUGGAGCGACUUCUCUUUAUCCUAAACUGCUCAUUGAUUUACUGUCUGAAAAACAAAUCACUUCUUACCACAGCUGUUUAUUUCAGGCUUUUUUUGUUUACGCAUAUGGUGCAUCAGAGUUCGUGCUGUUAUCAGCUAUGGCCUAUGACAGAUAUGUGUCCAUCUGUAAACCAUUACAUUACUCAAAUAUUGUAAAAAUGUCCACUGUCAGAAAGCUCUUAUGUUUUUCAUGGUUUUGGCCUUGUUGUGAAAUUGGUAUAGCAGCUGUACUAAUAUCCCAACUUCCAUUGUGUAAAUUUAAAUUGAAUAGAAUAUACUGUGAUGGUUACUCAAUUAUCAAAUUAAGUUGUAGAGAAAUAGUUCUUAAUAACUCUUAUGGACUUUUUAUUUUCAUCAUUGCUGUAUUUCCACCAUUGAUCUUCAUAAUCUUCUCAUAUAUCAGGAUACUUGCUGUGUGUUUAAAGAAUUCUAAAGAUUUCAGAAGAAAAGCCCUCCAGACAUGUUUACCACAUAUGCUCAUUGUCAUCAUUUUUUCUGUUAACAUUUGUUUUGAAAUGGUAAAUAACAGACUAGAAUCACAUCAAAUUCCCCACAUUAUUGCCAUGAUCAUGUCAGUUGAAUUUUUACUUAUUCCUCCUUUAUUCAAUCCCAUAAUAUAUGGAUUAAAACUGCAGGAGAUUUUGAAAAGCAUCAAGAGACUGAUUUCAUGGAAAAACAGGACUGGGGUUUCUUUUAAGGUGUAG